AUGUCUUUGACCAACCCAGUUCCAGAUCUUGAAGCAGGUAUCCAAUACUGGGCCACUCAGCCUGCAAACUACGACGGCGUGCUCGGUGGAUUCGGAACGGGGUCACUUCCUCGUGUCGAUUCUCUUGGAUCACGUCGCUUCCUCCUUGAUCUACUCCCUGAACUAUCCACAGUCCCAUCACCGUUCCAGAGUCUCUCCGGCCCGCCGUCCAAAACCCAGCGUGUGAGAGCUCUUGAUGUCGGCGCAGGUGUCGGGCGCGUCACAUCAGACGUUCUCCUUCAUCUCGUUUCAGAUGUUGUCUUGCUCGAGCCUGUAGAGCCUUUCAUCAACGAAGCCCGAUCCCGUGGAAAAGCCAGCGAAUCCGGUUCAGAAAUUAACGACAGCGGGUAUAGGGUUUUAUGGAAGGGUAUCGCUGAUCGAUCGAAGAGCGUCACGUUCUUCAAAGGUGCCUUGCAAUCUUUUGAUCCGAUCGCACCAGGGACACCUCUGGAUCGUGUCGGUUAUCUACCGCAAGAUGGUGAUGAUGAAACGGAAACAGGAUUCGAUGUGAUAUGGUGCCAAUGGUGUCUCGGUCACUUGAAAGAUGAUGACCUUGCGCAGUUCCUGCAGAGGAGCAAGAAGGCUCUACGUGAUACGAGAAGUCUCAUCGUAGUGAAGGAGAAUAUAUGCGGCGAGCAAAAUGAGCCGCUAACCGUUUUUGAUGAGCAAGAUUCUACUUUCCACUCGGUUUACCUCGCAUUCAAAAUAUUUUCCGGAUGCUGGUCUCAAAUCAUCCAAGAGAAAUUCAACACGGGCUUCCCCAAGGCUGUAUCCUGUAAAAAAUGUACGUACGCACUAAGGGAGGCAUGA